GCAGUCGGUUUCAGAUUCAGUAUGCCGGCAUCGGCUCUACUAAUUAGUCCGUCAAUUUAAAAUAAAAACGCUUACGGAUCGCUACUUGCACACAAAACAUAUAUAUUAUAAAUCCAGCUGAGACGCUAAUCCGAUCUUGUUUGUAACAAUCCAAAGCACUUUUCAAAUUCAAAGAAAAUGGUCUAUGAGUCAUCGUAUGGUACUGGGCAAAAGCCCUUCUCACCCGAUCUAAAGCGUGGAACUUGGGAAAAACCCACGGAUUUUAUCUAUGCCUGUUUCGGAUUGGCCUUCAAAUUGGAUGUUUUUGUGGCGUCCUAUUGGUUCUUCUUCGACAUGGGCAUUAUUGGAUUACUACCCUACUAUCUAUAUAUGGUGAUAUAUCUGGUGCCAAUAUUGGUGAUACAUUCGUUUAUGGGACAAUUUUCAAGCAGUGGUUUUAUCUCAGCCUUCCGUGUAUCGCCCUUUUUUAAAGGCAUGGGCUAUGUAAGCUGCUUCCUGAGUACUGCCAUGCUUAUAUACUACGGCAUUUUUGCGGCUGUUCCAGUUCUUUUCAUCGUGAACUCACUUCGACCCACCUUGCCCUGGAGUUGCGAAGGCCUGAAGAGCUGGUAUAAUGAGUUUGAGAGGCCAGCGACCGUUUGCAACAUAACAUUGGGCGAUUCUGUAGAAUAUGAAAGUGGGAAUGUCACGUACUUCUCAAAACUGGUUCAUGUUCCAUCAGUUCUAUAUUUUCAGGGCCAUUUUUCGAGUAUGAAUGAAUCUUACUUUCCCGAUUUAGAGCAGGAAUAUGAACUAUCCUUUCAUUUUGUGACAUACUUUAUUGUGGUUUGGGCCCUUAUUGCCCUUAUAUUUUACAAGUGCUCGGAAGUUGCACAGUUUGGAAGAUUUAUCCGUUACAUGGUGAUUGGAACCUUGGGACUCCUUGUCGUUUGUUUCCUGCGGUUUAUUUUCUUGCCUGGAGCACUCAGAGGACUUGUUGCUUAUGUGUCACCAAAGCAUCCUGUAGAGGAGGUAUUUAUGGGUUUCGGAUCCACUUUCAUUAUGGUCUUACAGGCAUUCGGAGCUGGCUGGGGUAGUGUGAUAGCAUUAUCCAGUUUUAAUGGAUUCAAGACGAACAUCAUGUCGUAUAGUUGGAUCACCGCCUUUGGUCAAAUUCUCAUCUAUAUCCUGUUUGGCUUGAUUUCCUUUAUGAUAGAUAAUCACUAUAAAGAGAUAGUAACAGAAUCAUAUGAGAACCAUGUGCUCAACCAUUGGUUGUUAUUUUUGUCCAGUGCCAGUGCCAUGGCGGGAAUGCAUUGGGCCAAUCUGUGGACGUUUAUUUAUUACACCAUGUUACUAAUGGCUGCUUUAAUAGUGAUGACAACACAAAUCUUUACCAUCCUUCAGGCUUUGUUUGACGAGUUCGAGGCUUUGAGAAUCAAAAAACAAGAGGUUACCUUUGGCUUAAUUGGAGGUCUUGCCAUUUGUUCUUUCUUCUUCUGCACUAAUCAUGGCAUUGUUUACUUUAGCACUAUUACCAUGGAUGCCAUUUUCUCACAUAACGUGCUCCACUUACUUCUCAUUUUGGUGAUUUUGUGGAUUUAUGGACGAGUGCGUUUUCAGCGGGAUAUAGAGUUCAUGUUGGGUCAACCUUUUGCCAACUGGAAAGUGUUAAUUUUGCGCUUUAUUUCUCCGCUUAUUUUGAUUAUUUCCCUGCUAUUUGGAACCAGCAUGUGCAUACUGGAGCAUUCCUAUACCUCCUCAUUGGUUCUGGCAGUUGCCGUCGUGAUUGUGCUGGUUCCCUUUUUGGCCAUACCUGGGUAUGGAUUUUAUUACCUGUACCAGAGCACUGGCACCAUUGGCGAGCGUUUCAAACGCGCCUGUCGACCCACCGACUGGUAUCCCGUGGAAAUGGAGCAUCGCCAGCAGUACGAGCUGACUGUUGGCAGCACCGAGUUGACCCAUCAACUUUUUGAAGUUACCGAAGAAGUUAAUUAAUUGUUAUUUAAUGUUUUAUUGAAAAAUACAUCUAUUGUAUAAUAAAAUAUACAUUUUUUGUAGCUUGAUUAAUUAAAACGCGAUUAGUUAAAAACCUCUCCUAUUUCUAGAA